AUGAGUCCUGAGAUGUUGUCAUGUUUGGAGAGAAUUGAUAAAUUGCUGGAUGACAUCGAGGAGAAAAAUGUUUCAAAUUUCUCUCAAGAGGAUUGUUAUUAUUCCAACGUAUCUGAAUAUCAGCGACCACAAGCUCAACCUACUCUGAUAGAGCUACCAGAUUUACAGACACCACCUCGUCAACCUACUAUGAGAGAGUUAGCAUCUUCGUAUCAACAGCCGCCUGCUCAACCUCAACUUAGUAUUAGAGAAGGAGCUCUUCGAGAAUUGCAAUGUGAAAAAGGCCAACUACUUAUUGAAGAGGUCAAUCAAUAUAGAGUUGGUGACAAAAAUGUGGAUCAAGUUGAUUUUGAUGAGAAUAACAUUCCUAUAGUUUCAAAAGAAGGGUUUGAAGUAGACACAUGUGGUGAGGUUGUCCCUAGUACAAGAGAUUUUGAGGAUGAUGUGAAAAAUGGUUCAAUGAAAGACCAAGAAGAGGAUCAAUGGUACAAGAUUGAAUUUAAGAAAGAGGAUGUUGUAGCUUUGGAGUAUAAGUUUAUAUUUUCUCAUGGCAAAGAGGGCCAGUACAAGAGAUUCAUUGUUGUUGCUAAACAUGGUUUCUUCUGGAUUUUGGAGUUAUCAUGGAGAAUUAAGAAUUAUAACUAUGGAUAUGGAGAGACUCCGUAUUAUAGUUAUAAUGCUGAAUAUGGAGACUAUCCUACAUAUCAAAAAGAUCCAUACUCUUGGAACAAUUCGUCUUCUGAUCAUUACUAUAGUUAUGAUUAUCAAGGGUAUUCAUUUGAUGUUGGGUACAAUUCUGGUUUUGAGAAGGAUUGUUAUUAUUCCAACGCAACUGAAAAUCAGCCACCACAAGCUCAACCUACUCUUAUAGAGCUACCAGAUUUACAGGCACCACCUCGUCAACCUACUAUGAGAGAGUUAGCAUCUUCGUAUCAACAGCCACCUGCUCAAUCUCAACUUAGUGUUAGAGAGGGAGUUCUUCGAGAAUUGCAAAGUGAAAAAGGCCAACAACUUAUUGAAGAGGUCAAUCAAUAUAGGUUGAGUGUGGGGUUGCCGGAAUAUGAUGCUAUGGGAAAUUUUCUUAAAUUGAAUAAGAAUGAGAAGAUUUCUGAAGAUGAUUCAUUGGUCCAGUCUCCCCAUCCACCAUCUCAAACUGAGCUUGAAUGUGAAGAAUUAGAAGAGACCGAAGAGAUUAACAGUCUAGAUAUUCUAAGUUCUCCUGAUUCAUCUGGUAUAUGCAUAGUAGUUUAG